CGUCUUAAUUUUCGGUUUCGCUGAACUAGCUCCCUCCCACUUUCAGCACUUCUCUUUUCCACAGAGGCAUUGCGCUUUUACGCACAGUCUCUGCCACUGUGGAGGAGAGCGGAGCGCCAUGAGGACCGUAAGUGUGUGAGAGUGUUGCUGCACCGUGCAACAAGAUGAUCCUGCUGCCUAUUCUGUUGUCUUGUCUCUGGGGAGAACCGAGUCGGUGCCUGGCGGAGGUCGGAGGCUUCACCACUGAAAAAAACAUCCGCCACUUCGCCGUGGCCACCAAUACGGUUUACGUCGCUGCGGAAGAUAAGCUGUACCAGCUGAACCACGACCUGACUUUGGUUCAAAAUCUGACCCUGAGAGGUAUCCUGAAGAACGAUGCGCGGUUUUACCGGGGUUCUGUGACAAACGAAUCGAAUGCAACUUUCAGCGUGAACAUAUUGUUGCCGUUUGUUAUAAAUGGCACUCUGGUCAGCUGUGGUGUUAUCGAGUGCGGGUACUGCGAGUGCGGGUACUGCGAGGUGUUGGACCUGAAGAACAUUUCAAAUGUUCUGUACAGGGAACACAUCCAGGUGGGGUCUCCAUUGCGCAACAGUGCGUCUGUCGGCUUCCUGGUGAAUGAAGAGGGAAAGCAUGCUUACAUUCUGGCUGCCUUACAGAAAGACGUAACGAAAUCCACAGGGAGCAGCUGUCCCACUGGACCAGAAGCCGUGCACCUUCAUAACACCAAUAACAUCCAGAGAGGAUCUAUUUUUUCUACUGUUGGCGAGCACAAUACCCAUGUGAUCAAACGUGAGGGCAGUGUGGAGUUUGUAGAUGGGUUUCAGAUCAAUUCCAUAAUUUAUCUGUUCUCCAACUUACCCUCAAGAAACACGGUCCGUCUCAUUUGGCUCGAGGGCAAAGCGACUAAGAAGCAGACUCUGGAGUCUCUGCGGGGCGCGAACCUCAGCCUCUCCGCGGAUGGAGGGAGAGGCGGAAGACUCCUCUCCUCCUCUGUGAUUCCGGGGGGGCCGCCGGUGCUCUGGAGCGGCGUGUUCAGUGUGGACGGAGGAAAGACCAACACCGAGCUGCUGCUGUUUGACAUCAGCCCGGAUCUCAACAUGACGGCCGAUGCAGAUCCGGACUUCUGCAGUGUGUGCCCCGUGAAGAAAACGAAGACGGCAGAGACAUUGAAGCCGAAGGUGGUGCUGUUCAGGCAGAAGUCCAUGACCUCUGUGCUGGCAGUGAGACACAAGGCCUGGAUGGUUUUCUUCAUUGGGACGGGAGAUGGUCAGCUCAUGAAGCUUUCUGUGGACCAGAACUUUCAGAGCUCCUGUCCCAGGGUGCUCUACAGGGCCGAUAAUGACCGCAGAGUGUUUCCCAAAAUGCAUCUGGAUCCAGUGGAUCUUAAACAUGUGUACAUGUCAUUCGAAAACCAGAUGAAGCGUGUAGCUGUGUCAAAGUGCGGCACAUAUACAGAUGUGCAGGCCUGCUGGUCUGCACAGGAUCCUCACUGUGUCUGGUGCGCGUCUACCAUAAGUUGCACAUUUGAAGAUGACUGCCCAAAUUCAGACUGGUUAUCCAUCCCUGAUGAUUCUCAACAGAAAAUGGUUUCCUACAAAGUUAUGAAGGACAGCACUGGCCAGGUCACACUAAACAUCCACACACACCUGACUGUGGGACGGCAGGCGCUGGAUAAAUAUUCCUGUAAUUUCUCUACAAGUUCAAGUGACUUCAGUGAGCUUUGUAGCAGGGAGAGCCCCUUUCCAAAGUUCCCACAAUGCACCUGCAUUCUUUCAAAUAGCUCACUUCCUGCUGAAGGCCGCCAUGUCACUGUUAGGAUUAGACUUGGGACAACAAUAUUAAUGGAAAAACUGAAGCUCUCCAACUGCCCUGACAUCAGGGGACGGCCAGCUUAUGUCCUGUGUGGAGAGUGUGUCAGGGCUGGAUGUGGCUGGAGCAGAAACGGCUGUACCUGGGCAAACCAAGAAGUGGGGAAUGACAGUGUUUGCCAAAAAAUGGAGUCAAUGAUGAACUUUUCAAGACCAGAGAUCUCCUCCAUCACACCCAGCAAUGUGUCUUUCUACGGCAGGAAUCACGCCGUGUUGUCGGGUUCUAACCUCAGGGACGUGAUCAGAGUGAGGAUUCAGGGCGACACGGAGUGCACUCCACAAGAAUCUCCUGUGUGGAACAACACUGGUGGGAGACUCACCUUCCACAUUCCCAGGGCAGAUAUUAAAGGCGUGGUCAAAGUAUGUGCUGUCCUCCCAGAUGGUAGUUGCCAUGGCAACACUAAAAUCACCUACCAGUCAUCCCCAUCAUGCACCGAUAUUACACCAAGCAGCACCUGGAUCAGUGGGAAGAGGAACAUCACUCUCAUGGGUUCCCACCUGGAGCUUGUGGAAGGGGUCAUGCACUGCCGCUGCUUGGAAGGGGUCAUGCACAGCCACUGCUUGGAAGGGGUCAUGCACAGCCACUGCUUGCAGGAAGUCAUACCCAGAAACAGCAACUAUCAGAAUCUCACAUAUGAGUCCCCUGCAGCUGGAAAGGGGGUUUCUGCUGUCGAAGUGUUUCUGAAAGUAGCCAAUAAGAGCUUGCCCUGCCACAAAACAAUGAGCUACCAUCCAGAGCCCGAGUUCAUCAGCUUCACAUCCACAGUGACAGGAGAAGAUUUGCGCAUCACCAUACAGAAAAAGGCAGACGGACUGGCGAUGAGGGAAGCAGAGUUGUCUGUGUAUGGUGUUCAGGAAGGAAACACUUACCCCUGUGUAAUGAAGGACAAAGAGACCAGUAAUGAGAUUGACUUCCUCAUCUGUGAGAUUGAAAGGACACCCUUUACUAAAUUUCAGAAGUUAAUGAUAAAAUAUGGGGACAGGACAGUAACCCUGAACGCCAGAUCUUCAAUCCAUCUGUACCCGGUGCUGCUUGUCCUUCUGCUGAUACCCUGCAUUUGUGUUGUGGUGGUGAUCAUCUACCGAAAUCAACAGAAGAAGCUUACUGCUAAGAUGAACAGGCGUAUGGAAGACCUGGAGCUGGACAUCAGGAAUGACAUUAGACAAGGUUUUGUGGAUCUGCAGACAGAGAAGGCUGACCUGAUGGAAAAUGUCGGAGCGAUUCCUUUCUUGGACUACAAGCACUUUGCCUCCAGAAUCUUCUUUCCUGAGGAUGACUCUCUGAUGAGGCUGUGUAUCAAAGACAUUGGGCAGGAUGUUGUAAAGGUCCAACUUGACGAUUGUUGCCAAGGCUUGUCCAGGCUGCUCCAGGAUCAGCUCUUCCUCACAUCCAUGGUGCACGCUCUGGAGGAGCAGAAGAGCUUCACCAUCAAAGACAAAUGUGCUUUGGCGUCAUUGCUAACCGUAGCGCUCCACCAUAACUUGUCGUACCUGACGGAGGUGAUGGAGGCUCUGCUGAAGGCGCUGACGCAGCAGAACAGCAACGCUCAGCCCAAACUCCUGCUGCGGCGCACCGAGUCCACCGUGGAGAAGCUGCUGACCAACUGGAUGUCCAUCUGCCUUUAUGGCUUCCUCCGGGAGAGCGUUGGCCAGCACUUGUACCUGAUGGCGAGCGCCGUCACACAGCAGACCGCUAAAGGCCCCGUGGACUGUGUGACCGAGAAGGCUCUGUACACACUGAGCGAGGACUGGCUGCUGUGGCAGGCUCAGGACUUCAGCUGCCUGAGGCUGAAGGUGCUGUUCGCAGUGGGGGGGGACGGAGAGCUCAGCGAGCCUCUGGAGGUCGGCGCUCUCAGCUGUGACUCGGUGGAGCAGGUCAAAGAGAAGAUCCUCAACACCUUCAAGGCCAAGUUUGGGUUCCCCUACAACACCCCCCUCAGGGACAUCCAUAUUGAGUAUGAACGGGAUGGGUUAUUUUUUCCUCUGGAGGAGGUGGAUGCGAGCUCUGAGGUCAUUGGGGAGGUGACCAUGCUGAACACACUCAGGCACUACAAGGUUCCUGAUAGAGCGACAGUUAAAGUUCUUUCCAGGAAAACUCAUCCUCCUCUGAGCCCGCAGGGAAGUCUAAAGGAUGACGAGAACUUCUCUGGGAAAUACUUUCACUUGAUUGAUCCUGAUGUAGAUGAGGGGAAGAACCCAGAGAGGAAGAAGUUAAAACUAAAGGAAGUGCACCUCACCAAGCUGCUCUCCACCAAGGUGGCCGUGCAUUCCUUUGUGGAGAACCUGUUCAGGUGUAUCUGGGGGACGCCGCACUGCAGGGCACCGCAUGCUGUCAAAUACUUUUUUGACUUCCUGGAUGCUCAAGCAGACUCUAUGAAGAUCACCGACCCAGAUGUCCUGCAUAUCUGGAAGACCAACAGUUUGCCUCUGCGCUUCUGGGUCAACAUCCUGAAGAACCCCCAGUUUGUUUUCGACAUACAGAAGACUCCACAGCUGGACAGCUGCCUGACCGUCAUCGCUCAGGCCUUCAUGGACUCCUUCUCCCUCAGUGAGACCCAGCUAGGAAAGCAUGCACCAACCAACAAGCUCCUCUAUGCCAAAGACAUCCCCAAGUUCAAACAGGAAGUCAAGGCUUACUACAAGCAGAUCAGAGACCAGCCACCAAUCACAGACUCAGAAUUCAAGGAAUUCCUCCAGGAAGAGUCAAAGAAACAUGAAAACGAGUUCAACGACUCUGUAGCCCUCAGAGAACUCUACAAGUUCAUACAGCGCUACUUCACAGAGAUCAAAGAGAAGCUGAACCUAAAUGGAGCCCCUUCUGAGAUGAUGGAGCAACUACACCAUGUUAAAAACUCUUUUGAUGAACUGAAGAGCUGCUCCUGGAACUGAGCAAGCCUUCUUCCUCUCACAUGACACAAAACCCAGCUGGACUCUGAACUCUGGGAAGUCCUUGGCAUCUAUAACAUUGAAGUGAUGCGCAGUCAGUAGUUCACAGUUUAUAAAAAAAGAUGCAUUUACUGAAAUCAGACAUGUAACCAACACGUAUGUCAAUAAGAACCAUUCUAUGUUCUGGGGUCUGGUCGCAGUUCCUUUACGUAAACAGAUUUGUUGCCACACAAUCGUGUGAUUCUAGGAUCUUGAGUCAUCUUGAAUAAGUCAAACCACUGAUAUCAGAAAAAACUGUAUCUUCUAAUCAUUUAUUUCAAUAUAUGACAUUUACUCUGUGUAUAUACAUUGUGCAAUUCACAGAUGGUAGAGCCAUGUUAUUUAAAUCGCUGUAUAAAAACUUUGUUUUUUCACAGAAA